GCGGUGCCAUCUUGGAGGAGGGCAGCGGCGACGUUAACGGCGGCGACGGGGAGUUUAAUCUUCGCCUCUCAGAGGAACACGGUCGAAGCGCGGUGCUGCGGGAACCGAGAGUUUGCUGUCGUCGUCGUCACAUUCUCGGGGUUCGGUAAAGUCCCUGCGCAUGGGUGACAAAGACCUGGGUCCCCUCCCCCUGUCUCCGAUGUAAGGCCAGCGGCUUCCUUGCGUAUAAUUUAUCGAAUUCUUUUUCGUCAGGGACGCCUUCCUCUCUAGGCCCCGGAGUCUGGGCCUCGGCCUGUGUUUACUCCCCUGUUCCGCCUUUUCCUGAGGCCUGCUCUGCUUACGUUCUCGCCUUAACUUUCCCUUUAACGCCCAGUUCCUAAUUUCUGCAAACGGUGUUUUGAUCUUUUUAUUGAUUCAUUAAUUUAUUUAGAAUCUCUUCUUCCCGCUUCCCACUCCUAUCCCAGCCCGCCUGGGGAAAAAAAAAACCCAUCUGUUUCUUUUUCUUUUUUUACCUUUUUAGGUAAGCGGUACAGCAUUACCACUGUAUUCCCAGCCCCUUCCAUUUAAUCCCUCUUUGGUUAAAUAAUUGUUUUUAACCCCAUUCCUUAGUCCCUGAAGGGUUUGUAGGGAAAAACAACAACUAGCAAACAUUGUGAAUUUUGGGAUUUAAAAAUUCCUCACCUGGUUAUUUAUAGACAGUGCUUGUUCGUUUGAUAAUCAUAUUUUUAAAAAAUAGAAUAGUGCUUAUUAUGAUAGAGACAUUGGAGAUUUGCUAGAAUAUGAAGGUUAAUAUUAGAGGAUAAUUAAUUUAUACUUCCACAAGAUACCAUUUUAGGGAAAGUAAUGGUGUCCUUUGAUUGCAAGAUGUUUUGCAUCCAGGAAAUGAUUAGUGUUAUACCUACUAGUUUUUUUAAAAAACAGUUUUUCUAGGAUACAGUAAUUAUAGUGGAUUAGAAAAUGCAGUUCUUUCUAGUAUGCAGGCUGGCACAAAGAUACUCAAAACAGUUUAUUAAUCUAAUAGAAAGUAAUAAUCUGUUUGUAUUUGCUGUAGAUUAACAGAUUUAUUUCCUAUUGAUUGAUUGAUUUUUUAAAAUUUUUAACGCACACAUAGACACAUAUACAUAAGCAGAGUUUGAUGCCUGGUAACUACAGGAACAGAUCCAUGCAGGUUUUUUGGCAACUGUGUGAAAGUAUUUUGUCAUUGCCUUCUGUAGCAGUGUAAGUGCAGCAAACUGUGGAGCUGUUAUAAAAGAAAGCUGGGCCAUAUCCGGAAGAGCUUUUUUAAAUAAGUAAUAUGGUAAAACCAUAUUGCUGGAAUUGCUUGUUUCUUAAAUGAAGAUUUCCAUGCUUGAUAUUUAGUUAGCAAGUGCACAGGGGCACUAACUACAGGGUAUAUAAAAAGAAAAUGCUGGCUAUGAGUAGACAGCUUCUGUCUAAACAAAACAGUUGUGACGAAACACAAGCAAAAUGGGUAAUUCUGACCAUGAUGGCUAACCUAUUUUGCCUGUUUUCCUGGCAUAUAGAACACACCGCCAACAGGAAUUGUGUUCUAGAAGGGGAGUGUGCUGUAACAUAUAAGGCAGAUUUUAUAGAAUUUAAAAGCUAUCUAAUAUGUAACAUCAAACAAUUUUUGUGAGCCAGAGUGGACUUUACUUAAAAUUUGUAUUAGUAGUGGUGGUAAAAUUUGUAUUGGUAGUGAUUAAAAAAGCCCGUAAUGUAGUUAUAGAGCAAAGAAAAUUCAUUUUAUUCUGAAUUUACAUUCUAUUUUCUAUGUUAUCUCAUAUUGAAAGCUUAGUGUGAAAACAUGCCUAUUUUUAUAGGCUGUCUCUGACAGUAGAGUACAAAAGGAAUGUGACUAGUGCUGUCCUUGCAUAUGAGCCUUGUUCAGCCCUUUGAGAUGGUUCGAUAUUUCUGAUCAGUCUAUUGCUCUUCCCCUCCAACACCUGCAAAAAGGCUUUCUUAACAAACAUACCACUUUUGGCUCAUGGAUGGAAAUGGAUGCAAAUUUAAGCAUUACUUUUUGUCUUCCUAGAUUCUUGUUUCAAGGAACAACUUCUGUAGGCUCCUUUGCAAAUCCAUGAAUAUUUAGAAUUAAGUUGAGCUAAAAAGAACUUACUCAGAGGUGCAUAUACAUAUAGAGUUAACAUUCUCAAAUAUGGAUGCUAUAAAUAAUUUUAGAGGUAGUGUUUGAUAUAUGCAAACAUUAUUGUAAUCACAUCUCCCCCAUCAGAAGGCUGUUAAGUUUUGCUGCCCUUGGCAAGUGUGGUAAUUGAGGAAAGACUUAAUUAGUUGCAACAAUUAUCAAAGCAUAAAAAACAGUUUUAGACAAUUUACAUUGAUAAAUACUGUCCUAUAUAUUGGUAGGGAUAGCUGAGAAAUUGGAUACCAGUACUUUCAGGACAACAAUUCUCUCCACUCAAGAAACAAGAUUUUUCCAUCUGGAGUACUAGUAUUUUGUGCCAGCAAGACAAGUUGCAUAAAAAAGUAUGCAUAAAAAAAGAAAUGCAAAUAAAAAGCAAUUUUACAGAUGACGUUUCUUAAAUUCCUAUUGUUGAAUUUCAACACAGACAAUAUUUUUUUUAAAAAAAAAUCCCUCUACUCUUUUAGAGUUGGGGAAAUAUCAUACUAUAAAUAUUCAAAGGCAAAUUAUUUUGUCUGGAGUAAAACUUUCCAACUUACUAUUCUACAUUCAUUAAAAUUACAUGUGCAAAAUGAUAUUUGAAAAGAAUAAAUUCUGUUCUGAUUUACUCACACCUUAUUUGCUGUGUGACUGUAAAAACGUUGUUAGGAUGUUAUAUCAGAGACAUCCUUUCAAUCUUGUUGCUGAAAAGCAGCAACACCUUUUUUUUUUCAGGGAAAGGUUGCAUUGACAACAAGAACAAAUUUUAAAUUAUUUUUUUUUAAAAAUGAAUAGGUUGGACGUAAAAUGCUUUAUUUUCUUAAUGUUAUGCUGCCAAAUAUAUUGCUUUGCAAUUGCAAAUAAUACUGUACAAAAUAUUUAUCCAUUUAAUUUAAAAAUAGUUCUCACAAGGCACACAUGUCUAAAGUUUGACAUGCAGUAUGAAUAUACCUAUUUAUGUUUGUACUGUAUGAUAAACUAUUCAUCUAAAAAUGUAAUUACAUGGAAGAUUGAUUUGUUGAAAUGCAGCUUAUUAAUACUGCUCUUGAAUAUGCAUUUUUACAUGUAUAAACACAUAAUAUGCGACUUCAUGUGUAUAUACAUGUCUGACCUUAAAGCUACUAUAUUUUUACUAUGCAGUUAAUAAAGACCGGGGAAGAUUUUUUUCUCUUUUUCAAUAGGUGAAGAGAACUUGAAGACCAGAAAUUGAAAUAUUGUGUUUUAAUUAAAAAAAAAAAAAAAAGUAAAAUUCCCUGGCUGUGGAAGACCGAUCUUCUUUGCAGCUGGUUUGAAACAGAAGUUCCUCUUUAAAUGAACUAUUUAUUUUGAAGAGGCAAUUAACCACUGUUUCCAGCUUCCCUGGCUAUUCAAAUGGACUUACUUUCUCCAGUAGUUUUAACUUCACCCUUUAUCUGAAUUUUGAAUGAGGAUGAGAUUUGUGUCCUUGGCAAUGUGAGGAAGAAAAGUCUUUAUAUCCCGUUGCUAUUUUAUGGAUUGAGUGUUGAUUCGACCUACAGGAGAAAAAUAACUGGAAGUUUUUGAAGAUAGUAUCUGCUGAUCAUACCAAGGAUUAUAUUUUAAAGAAGAUAUUGCUAAAUCUGGUAUAGAAGAUUGUGCCAUUUUAAACAUCGUUGUGAUUAACUAUCGCUGAAAAAUAACAAAAUUGUAUUCAGCCAUUUGUUUCUACACCUUAAACUUGAAGGAAAUUAAUUUGAAUAUGUCUAACCAAGGAGAUGAUUGUUACUUCUAUUUCUACUCUACUUGUACCAAGGGGGAUAAUUGCCCUUUUCGUCACUGUGAAGCUGCCCUUGGAAAUGAAACUGUGUGUGUGCUCUGGCAGGAAGGUCGAUGCUUCAGGAGUAUCUGCCGCUUUAGACACAUGGAGAUUGAUAAAAAGCGCAGCGAAAUACCGUGCUAUUGGGAGAAUCAGCCAUUGGGCUGUCAGAAAUUGAACUGUGCUUUUCACCACAACAAGGGACGUUUUGUGGAUGGGCUUUUCUUACCUCCAAGCAAGACUGUUCUUCCAAAUGUGCCUGAGUCUCCAGAAGAGGAGAUGAAGACUGCACAACAAAACAAGCUUUCUGUUCAGUCUAACCCAUCACCUCAGUUGCGUGGAGUGAUGAAGGUGGAAAAUUCUGAAAAUGUUCCCAGUCCCACACAUCCACCUGUUGUUAUUAAUGCAGCAGAUGAUGAUGAAGAUGAUGAUGAUCAAUUAUCUGAAGAAGGGGAUGAAUCUAAAAUGCCUGCCCAACAACCAUCUACAGAAAGUCCAAAUGGACUGCGGGUAAUUUCUACUCGUAAAUCAGUGACUAGUUCAAAUCAAGAUAAAGACAUUCCUUCUGAAAUGAUUGCUCAGCCAGGCCCAGAGAAAGAAAAUGCACGGACUGUGGUCAGAACUGUAACUUUAUCUGCGAGGCAAGGUGAAGAGCCUCGGAUUCGCUUAACACUUGCAGAGAGAUUGGGGAAAAGGAAGUCUCCCACAGUCACCGAGACUGGAAUUCCAUUAAAGCGUAGCCUUGCUGAUAGACUGGGGAAAAAAAUGGACUCGCUUGAAAGUACAGAAAAAAUACCCAAAAGAGUUCAAGUUCCCAGGUCUCUUAAAGAAAGACUGGGAUUAGCAUCUGAGCAAAGCAGUAUGGAAACAGAGUCUGCUGCCAAGCCAACUGGUGAAAUCUAUGUUAAAACGCUUGAAGAAAUUCGCUUGGAGAAAGCUAGCCAAAAAAAGGGAGAAAUUCACCCCAAACCCAAAGUUGAAGUGGCUUGUAUAACAAAUCCCAAUCCAGUGUCAAAACCUCCUACAGUACGGAUCAAAACUUUUUCUGAAGUCUUGGCUGAGAAAAAACAAAGGCAAAUGGAAGAGGAGCGAAUAAAAACUGAAAAAGAGGCUGUUUCCAAACCAAACCAUGAGUGUGAACCUCAGAAAGAAGGGUUUCUGGGUACAGCUGUAUCUAAAAGAAGAAAAUUAGAAGAAUCUUCUGUCAAGAACAAGGAUUUUAGGGAAGUGCACAUCAAAACUUUGGAGGAAAUCAAGCAAGAGAAAGCUCUCCGCAUGCAGCAAGGUUUAGAGAGCACAUCAAAGACACAGAUACAAUCUGAACGAACUAUAACUGGGAGGAGAAUGUUGUAUGUUACAAAGCUGACAGCUCCUGAAAAGGAAGAAAAAACUCUGAUAUUGAGGUCUUCUCCAAGAAUUUCUAUAGGAGACAUUUCUACAAAGCCUUUGAAUGAUAGUGUGAGUAAUUCACAUUCUAAAGUCUAUGUGAAGAGCUUAGAAGAAAUAAGGAAGGAGAAGCAACGAUUAAAGCAGCAGCAGCAAGAGGAAAAAUUCCAGGAACUACAAGUGACUGCACCACUUGCUGGGGAAGAAAUAGAAGGAAAAAUGCCAGAAGUGACUACAAAUUCUGAAUCCUCAGUGACUGUGGGGAAAACACGUCCACUUUCCAAAAGAUUGUUGGUGAGAUCUCAGGAGGGAAUAUCAGAAGACCUGAAACUUUGCCCUCAGGCUGCAGAACCAAGAACGAAGGUCAAGCCCAAGAUGAAUGUGAAACCAUCUGGAGUAAAACCCAUUUCCCCAGCAAAGCAGACACAGAAGCGAAAAAUAUCAGAGUGUCAUCCCUCUGUUGCUGCAGUGAAGCCCCUGAGCCCUAUUGCAAACACAGAAAUGAAAAAGUUUGCUUCUGAAAACACAGCUCUGGGAAGCACCCCAGAUGUUUCAAAGGACAGUAUGCCUAAAAGAGUGGAUUAUAACAGCUCUGAACUGUACCUGGAAAACCAGGUAGCCUCCACGUUGCAAGCAGAGAUAGCAAACCCAAGUUCUUCCCGUGCAGCAGUAGCAAAGACCCGCAGACUGAGCUCAACAGGAAGUGGGAAGAUUCAAUCUUCAGUUGAAGAUGACUUUGAUAAGCUGAUUUGGGAAAUCUCAGGAGGCAAAUUGGAAGCAGAGAUUGAUUUAGAUCCAGGAAAAGAUGAGGAUGAGCUCCUGCUUGAACUCUCUGAGAUGAUUGACAGUUGAUUUGCUACACAGCUUCAUUUUGAGAGAAAAUAAAAGCUAUAUGUUUUGUUGGAUUACCCUUUCUAGUAGAAGAGUUAUGACAAGUCUUAAAGCACACUUGAAACUGCUUGAAGAACUUGGCUGCAUUAGUUUAUUUUGAAUUACCCUGCUGGUCAGAGAUAUGUCCCAACUAUUGCCCAUUUAAAACAUUUUCAGAAUGAAACCAUGAACAUUUCAUCUAGAGAAGAUCCAAGACCUACCCAUAAUUCUACAUAGCAACUCUUUUUCAUCAUUAUAUUUUCUACUGAAUUGUCAUAUCUGUUUUUCAGCUGUGUGGCUCGUAAUUUCUGUGUAUUUCACAGCUUCCUUUUGCUUUUGGGGGUUAUUUCUGCAGUUUUGAGUCACUUUUUGGGUUAUGUAAAUUUUAAAAAAAUCUAAAAAUGGCAGAACUAUUUAUAAUGCAGAGGAAAGGAAAAUAAACUUGGACCAAGCCUACUACAUGUGGAACUUCUAUCCUUAUACUGUUGAAAAUGAAGCAACAUUUAUAUAGAAGAUGGAAUAGCACAUUUUAUUCUCAUCCCACUCAUCUUGUGCCAUUUUGACUGGUUUCAUCUAGCAUAUAGAAAUUCAUGGCGAAAGUUACGCCUCCUUUCUAAUUUAUUCAUUUGAGAGAGAAUUAAAAGCUUGCCCUUAAAAGAUGUGCAAAAUUUAUUCAAAGAGUUUUUUUUACUCCGAAUGGCGAGUAUGAUGGCCUGUACUGUUGGUGCUGCAUGGGUCAUUUUAAGACAACCUUUGGACUGUUGCCCUCUGACAUCUGAAACAGUCUGAGAUAUCUCUGCCAGUUGCUCACUUAACGGGAUUUUUUCCAUAACAUUAUUUUCAUCCACAUAUCGACGUUGCAUAUUCUGAAUUUUCUCAUGGACUCAGCUAUGGCCAAAUGAAGAUUUAGGAAUAUUGUGUAUCCUGCAAUUCUUGUAUUUUGUAUGAUAUUUUUUCCAUUCUUAAUACUAUUGUUUUUAAUUAGUUUAAUUACCCCAAUCCUGCCAGUUACAAUUGAUGGUUAAUAAUGCAGGAUGUAUUUUUUGUUUAUAUUCCUAGCCACGGGGGUGGGGGGAUGGGGGUGGUUGCUUGAUUCUAAUGUAAAUAUAUUAAGCUUUAUAAGCAAGAGGGAGGGGGAGCUGUGCUUUGCCAAUUCAGUUUGAAGUAUUGCCUCUAGGGGGAAAAAUGGCGCAAAAGGACAUAAAUAUUUUUAAAAAGGCAUCCCUGAGUGAACUGUUUGUCUUCACAUUGCUCCCAAGAAGUUAGAAAUAAUUCUUCAGCAAACUGAAAGGCAAUAGAAUUUUUAGCUGAUUGUAAACGGAAACUAGCAGGCGUCUGAGACGGAAACAAUUGUGAAAGAAUUCUCUAUGUUGUUGCAGGUGUUCUAGUUUGCUUAAGCAGAAUCUUCUGUUUGAGGUCAGUUUUUUUCCCUUUUCUCUCUUCUGCAUAAGAGAAUUCCAUUGAGUUUUUACAUACUCUAUUUUUUUCUGUACAUAUUUCUAUUUAAAUCAUUGUAUCUGAUAUUGUUAAAACAGUUCAAUAAAAUAAUUUGUGUUUUAAAUAAAGCUAAUGUAAGAAAAAAAA